AUGGUUUCUCCUAACAUCCAAGGGUUGGGUUUGAAUGAUGAGUUGCUGGAGCAUUAUAGGAAGGAGGUGGGUGAGAUGGCCUUGGGUAUUUUGGAUGGCAAGCCUUUCAACUCGCCCGUCCAUGAGGGCAUACUCCUGACUUGUCUGAAGACCAUGGGUGAGGGUGAGGGGUCGCAUCGCCGCGAUCGUCGCGCGCGAGCCCCAAACUUGGUAGACUCGACCUAUGAAUGGACAUGGGGUCUACCGCCUCAGAACUUUAAAGAGCCAGAUGGUCGGAAAACCCCAGGCGUCGGCGGGGCAGAUCACGUCCCCCCUGCAGGUCCGCCCGCUCCGCGUGGACAGCAGGCCAACUCUGUUAGACUGGUUCAGUCCUUGGAAAGGCUAGGGGACGCCUCAGCCGAAAUAACAGCUGCAGCGAACAGUCAAGUGGAGAAGCUUAUGGGCGGAAUUACGAAGCGGAGCGGUAGCAAGUCUCUGUUUGAGGAGCUGAGAGUUUGCAUGCUGACCUGUUGCGGUAACAAUAGUCGCAUUUCCAUAGCUGCGAACGCCGGUGCGAACCGUUUUAGUGUCAUCCGCAACUUGUGGGAUGACGUCACAAGUCUGGACCUUACGGUCAAGCCAAAGCUGACACAGAGGCUGUUGUUUGCAGCAGCCACAGGUAAUUUUGAUUUAUGUAACGAAGGUAAAGAGUCUUGGGUCAGGAUUAACGCUUGUUUCCAUCAUGCGCAUGGCUUCGUAUUGCUUCCAUCAUAUCGGGGGACUGAGCAGGGUCAUCUCCAUAGUGUGGGUCCUACUAUUCUCCAGCCAGAGGACCGAAACGCCCACGGGUGGGCGAGUCAAACCCGACGGGUGAAGCGAGGGCGGGCCGCUGGCAGAGAAAAAGAAUGUCGGCGUUUGUGUGGCAGCUUAAAUUUCAAAUUCAAAGAAAAUGUGAGCACCAGCCUUCGAAGGACACUAUAUUGGGAAGGCACCGCGUUCUUUGGUCGAUUCAUCCACCGCAUAGGCCUUUCUUCAAUUCCGAGCCUUAUGGGUACAUUUUGGUUGAAUAAAGAUCAAGAUCGUAGGAAUAAUAUCGAGCAACCACCUGAAAAAGCUGUUCCAACGAGAAAAAGGGUUCUAGAGUAUAUACAUACAUCCAUGCGGUCCAGACUGACUGGAUCCCUCGACCACGAGUCGCGGAAACGGAAAUAA